GUGGGCUUACAAGUUCCAAUAAAGGAAAAGGGAAAAAGAAGAAGCAUAGACAACUAAGGAAUGGAUACGUACAAGGAGUAGAAAGAUAUGGGAUAAAAGCUUAAGGAUCUCAUCGGAAACUUUAGAAAACUUAAGGGGCCAAGGAGAAAUUUACGCUUAAUAAGCAUGAAAGAUCAAAAGCAACAUCACUAGUGGUAUAUAAUACAGCCAUUGACGACAGUAAUCAGAGCUUCCGCUUCCUUAUUUGUUUACUUACAGCAAAAACCUCACACACCUACAAUGUGUAUGUGUGUGUGUGAAAAUUUGUAGAUCCGAAAAUUUCACCGAUGCUUGAGGAAUUAAAUUAAAUAAAUCACAGAAAACGACGGAAAAAUCAAUCUCAGUUCAGAAGAAUCAGUCCUUUUGUCUCUCGGAUCUGCAACAAUGUUAGAUGGAUUGCUUGGGCGCAGUGGUUUCAGCUCCAAAUGUAAAUCAUUGAUUAAGCCGACGAGGACACGGAUAGGGGCGUUGCGGAGGAGGGCGGAGGCGAAACAGAGAUUUUUGAAGGAAGAUCUUGCGAAAUUACUUGCUAAUGGCCUUGAUGUUAAUGCAUAUGGAAGGACAGAAGACUUCAUUGCUGGAUUGAAUCUGUUAUCUUGUUAUAAUUUCAUUGAUCAGUCAUGUGAAUAUAUUCUGAAGCAGCUAUCAGUCAUGCAGAAACUAGGGCAAUGUCCAGAAGAGUGUAGAGAGACUGUUGCAUCACUGAUGUUUGCUGCUGCAAGAUUUUCUGAUCUUCCUGAAUUACGUGACCUCAGGGAUGUAUUUCAGGAGAGAUAUGGGAAUGGUUUAGAAUGCUAUGUUAAUCAAAUGUUUGUUGAGAAGUUAGCCUCUAAACCUCCUGUUGUGGAGAAGAGAAUAAAGUUACUGCAAGAUAUAGCAGCAGAGUUUUCAGUUCAGUGGGAUUCCAAAGGAUUCAAACAAAGGAUGGAUUCACCCUCCACACUUGCUCAGGAUCAAGUAAGGAAAUCUGUAGCUUUAAACACCACUGAUGAAAAUAAUGAUUUUCGGAAAAAUGAUCAUCGAUCUAAAGAAAGAAUAGAGCAUAUUCCCCAUAAUCAUGGGAGUGUAAAUGUUAGGAGGAAAGAGGUGUUUGUGAGAACAGAAGAAAAACAUGCUCAGGAGCAAGCAAUGAAAUUUCGAGCUUCAAAUGUCACUGAUGAUAAGUACAAGGUAGGAAAUGGACAUGGGAAAAAUGAUGAGCGUUCUAAAGAUAGAGUUGAGCAGGGGCCCACAUCGCACAUUCCAUUUCCAGCAAGAGAAGAAGAGGCCCCAUUGGAUAUCCCGUUUGUGGGAAGACAAGAAAAACUUCACAAUCUCAAACACCAAGUCUAUUUGUCUAAUCCAAGGCCGGAAUCCGAUUCCAGGAACACCGGAAUCGGAAACAACCAUAUUCCAGUUCCAGCCACUUCUUAUCUCGACAGAAGGCCAGAACCUUUCGUUAUUGAUAAAGUCGACAGAGGAAGAAAAGAAAGACACAUCAGAAUGCCACAAGUCAACGGAGAAAAAGAAGAAUAUGUUGAAAAGUCAACAAUAGGGAAAGUGCAAGAGAAGGAGGAAGAACCAGUUAGGCUGUUAAAACCCUGCUACAACAAUACUCCUCCUCUUCCACCACCAUACAUUAUCAAAUCAAACGUCCCACCACCAUACACCAAACCCCACCACCACCACCAACCUCCAUCCGACCUCCUGCCGCCACCCAUCUCUAACUCCGGGAGGAGGAACAAAGAGCAAAACCAAAACGACAUGCCUUUACCUUUACCUUUACCGAAACCAAGAUCAGUGAGAAGAAAACACUCGAAAUCAUCAUCUAGUCAUGACGAUGUAGGAAGCUCGGAAGAUUCUAGAAUCGUGAAGAGAGUUUCUAGUAGCAGAAGAAAAGAAAGAAAAGGGUUACAGAUAUUAUUUGAUGAUGAGCAUUAUCACCAUAAAGCUAAAGCUAAAGACGAAGAGGAAAAAAUGAUGGAUAAGUUAUUGUUACAUUAUAGUAAAAAACCAUCGGCUUAUGAUCAUGGGAAAGUAAGGAGGAAAAAAUCAAGCAAAUCUCCUCCUGUGAAUGAUGAUGAGGUGGAGGAAACGAGUGUUAGUGUUCCUCCCAUGAGAUCGAUUUCGCUUCCUCAUGAAUCGGAUGGGAAUAGUAAGAAGAAAGUGUACGCACGUGCUAAUUCGUUUCAGCCGGAUAAUCAGGCGCCACAUGUGCAUCCUAAGUUGCCGGAUUAUGAUGAUUUGGCGGCUAGGUUUGCGGCUUUGCGAGGGAGGUGACUGUUUGUUUCACUAGAUGAGUGUAGAGUUUUACUGGAUUAUAUCUAUUUACAUGAUGAAAUUUGAGACAUCUUCGUGUUAACAUAUUUACAUGAUGAAAUUAUGAAAACAUUUGAUUCAUUCAUUCAUCGACCACAAUCGCUAUUAUUCAUGGAAUUUUAAACAUGCAAAACUAGAACAACAAUGAACCUGUAAAUAUAUAGUAAUACUCGAUGUGCAUGAUUAGGGUUAGACUUUGGUUAUUCAAUUCACAUGGUGUACUUAAAUUACAAAAAUUUAAAAUAUAAUCCAAA